AUGGCCGCCGCGCUCCUCGCCAUCGGCUGGCGCGUCGUGGCGCCGCGGAGAUCAGUGGGGCGCGCGGGCGCGGGAGCCCCCACGCCGGCCGAGUGCGGGCUCACGGCCGCGGCGAUCGACGCGCUGCCGGCGUCGGAGUACGAGCGCCCGCGCGGCGGCGGCGGCGACCCGGCGUGCUCGGUGUGCCUCGAGGACGUCCGUGGCGGCGAGACGGUGCGGUGGCUGCCGGCGUGCGGGCACCUGUACCACGCGGCGUGCAUCGACGCGUGGCUGCGCUCGCGCACGACGUGCCCGCUCUGCCGCUCCGACCUGUCGUCGCGGCGAGGAGGCACGGCGAGCGGGCGCCCGCGGCCACGGCUGGUGACGCACGAGUCGUUGCUGCCGCCAUUGCCUUCCGUUUAA